ACUUUACUAAGAAACAAGAUGACUUUUAAACAUUUAUUAAUUUUUUGCCUUAUUAAACUUUAUUGCGCUUUACCAGGCUCUGUUUAUUGGCCCCAGUAUACCAACACAAAUGAAGGUUUAAGAUAUUCACCUCUUAGUGAUAUAACAAAGGAAAAUAUUCAAUAUAUUAACAAAGCAUGGAAUUUUACAAAAGCCCAUGACACUGAUGGGAAAUACGUUCACCAAAGUACACCAGUUUUUAUCGAUGAUGGCUCUGGAAAAGACAGGGACUUGUUAAUUUUCUGCACCGCAAGAAACCAAUUAUUUGCUGUUGAUCCUGAAAAUGGAACGGAAAUCUGGAAUAAUACGGAUAUGGACACCAAAGAUUUUAGAGAGCAUAUUAGUAUUGGAGCAACUAAGACUUGUCGGGGCGUUGCAACAUGGCUUGAUGAGACUAAGGCAGAUGGAGACCUUUGCAGGAAAAGAGUAUAUAUGGCUACUACAUCGGCUUUUUUAGUGGCUGUUGAUGCAGCAACAGGAAAAUUUUGCCCUGAAUUUGGCAAUUAUGGUAAAUUGAAUUUAACUGAAGAUAUUAAAAACGCCUACUUCAAUGACGGUGGGAAAUUAGUUCUUAUUUAUGGCUUUACUUCAGCUCCUAUUAUAGUAAAUAAUACAUUAAUUGUUGGAGAUUCAAUAUCAGAUUAUUUAACAAGCGAUACACCUAAAGGCCAACCUAGGGGUUUUGAUCCUAAAACUGGUGAAUUAAAGUGGAGAUUCUAUGUCAUUCCCGUUGAUAAAAAUGAUACAGGAUAUAGUACAUGGGAAAAUGGAACUGAAUAUAACGGUGGAGGCAAUGUUUGGGCUCCAUUAGCAGGUGAUAGCGAAACUGGUAUUGUCUAUAUGGCUUCCUCGUCACCACAUUAUGACUUUUACGGCGGUGAUCGCUUAGGAGACAAUUUGUACACAGACUCUGUAAUUGCUCUUAACGCUCACUCUGGGAAAAAAUUAUGGCAUCAGCAAUUUGUCAAACAUGACCUUUGGAAUUACGAUGGAGCCGCCGGUCCAACAAUUACAACAAUUUUAAAAGAUGAUAAGAGUAUUAAAGUGGUUUUAUACCCUACAAAGACUGGAUCUAUGUUUAUGUUCGACGCCAUAAACGGUACUGAAAUUAUUCCAACAGAGGAAUUUUUCGUUCCACCCAGCACUGUACCAGGUGAAAGGACUAGUCCAACUCAAAGGAGAGUAGUCGGUCCAUUAGGUCAGUUGAGUCGUCUGAGCUUUGAUAUCAGUUUGGUUAAUCAUCCUUACAACCAAAACCGAGAUGACUGUGCUAAACUUCUAUUUGAAACUGCUAAAGUUACAGAUGGAUUAGGACGACAAUAUACUCCACCAAGAUUAGAUCAAAGUAUUAUUUCAAUACCUGGAGAUAUGGGAGGGGUCAAUUGGCAAAGUACUUCUAUUUUUCCUAAAGAAAAUAUUGGAAUAGUUAUCGUUAACAACAUAAUUAUGCUUAGACAACUGAUGAGAAAGAACGAGACGUCUUGGUGUCGAUCUCAACCUAAUCCAAAUCCUCCACGAUCUCCAUAUAAUAUGUGUCAUAAACGUUUUUCAGCUCCAGAUGAAUAUUCCUUCUGUUACGAUGGUCCAUACUCGGAAAUGAUUGCGAUUAACUUAAAUAAUGCAACAAUUCGAUGGAGGAAACCAUACGGUAGACAUUAUCCAUUUGAAACGGACCAGGGGAGAAACAUUGGUGCAAGGAAAGCUCUCUCCCCUCAACUAGUUUUGGGUAGUGGAAUAGCAAUUGGAGCCGGAUCUGAGGAUCAUAAAAUAUGGGUACAUGACGUACUGACUGGAAAAGAAUUAUGGCAAUCUGAGGAGUUAACUCACGAUUGUACUUCUCUUCCAAUGACUUACAGAUAUAAAGGAAAACAAUAUAUUGUUUUAAAUUGCGGAGGCCAUUGGGCUGGAAGACCACCAAGGGGAAAUUAUUUCGUAGCUUAUACGGUACCAACCGAAUAUGUUGAAACAACAACAAACCCAUCAUCAACAACAAAAAGCCCAUCAUCGACAACGAAUAGACAAACAAACUCAGCAACAUUUUUACUUUCGUCCAGUCUAACUGCAAUAAUUUCUUAUCUAGUUUUUCAUUGGCUUUAAAAAAUGGCUAGAAAUAAAAAUAGAGGCUCUUUUUUAAUAAAAAAAACAAUUCAUCACUUUAAGAUAAGCAAACCAUGAAGCAUUCGUGUUUUAACUAUUGAUAAUUCUACAUAGAAUAAAAGAAAUAUUAGACUUUAAGAGCUAUAAAUUAAAUUUAGUACGAAAAUGAAUAAGAUAACUAUUCUUGGUAUUUUAACCUCAGGAUAUAACCAUAUGUUUGUUCCCUAAACAUGAC